AUGGUCAACCAAGACGGCGCCUACAGUGGUGUAGUCGGUCUCGCAUAUCCGAAAUUAACUACUUAUAAAGAAGAAUUGCCAUUAUUCUACAACCUGUGGAAACAAAAGAAAAUCUCACUGCCACUCUUCUCCGUUUUUCUCACCACAAGUUCUAAAAGUUCGUUGACCAGUGAAUUAGUACUUGGAGGUAUCGAUAAAUCGAAAUACACUGGUUCAAUAACAUACGUACAGGUGUCUCCCAAAGGAUAUUGGGAAUUUAAGUUAACAAAUGUUAUGAUUGGGCGCACCGUUAUCUCUGGUAGUAAGAACACUCCGGCUAUUUCUGAUACAGGCACAACUUAUAUCUACGGCCCCUCUAAGCAGGUUAAAGCAUUUUAUGCGGCUAUUAAUGCAUAUCAAUAUGAUAACGAUGGCGAUUAUGGCGUUGAUUGCGAGGCAAUAUCUUCACUACCAUCGCUAACAUUUACAAUUAGUGGCGUACCUUUUACAUUGCUCCCGCAACACUACAUUUACAAUGAAUCGCUCACAGGAGGAAACAAAUUGUGCUUAUCUGCAAUAAGUGCAUCAACGGACACCGAUAACGAUAGCAGAGAAUACUGGCUAUUGGGUGACUCGUUUUUACAGCGAUUUUACUCUGUUUAUAAUAUGGGUACAAAUCAAGUGGGAUUUGCUAAAUCAGUUUUGUACAAGUCAUAA